AUGGCGAGCACUAAAGCAAGUGGGAGCGGCGCUUCCGCUUCCGCUUCCGCUUCGCAAGCAGCACUACCUGGGGCGCUAGAUGUUCACCCGCUCCGCCUGCUAGCGCUUCGCUCGCUCUUGUCCGCCCUCGACGCGAUUCCAGAAGGCAAGACGUUGCUCUUAGAUCCAGCUCUUGCUGGGCCCCUGGGACUGGUAGCGGAUGUAUCUGCACUCAGGCAACAUGGUGUGGAACGCAUGUUUUGGCUGGAAGAGCAUACAGGGAACAAACUUUCGAGAACUGAUGCGAACGCAUCGCAGGCUGGUGGAGAGGAACGAAAUCGAACGGAUAAGGGCAAGAGGAAGGUCAACAUUGUACCGGUCAAUGCACCUACUAGAGCCGUCGUGUAUAUAUGCAGGCCAGAGAGCAGAUGGUUAAGAGUCAUUGCUGGUAAGUGGAGCACCUGACUUGCAGCACGCGCCGCCACCACAAUCGAGCGAGCGAGCGGCACAGCUGCAGCUGUGUCGAUGUCAUCUGGGUGCACUGCUCCUUUCAGCACGCUCGGACCAAAUUAGCCCAGUGCCCUCUAUCUCACAAGGGACUGCCGGGUCAGUCAGCGUCCGUACAUCGAGCAAUCUCCAGAGCAUGCGUGCUUGCAUCGCAGCAGAUGCUCUCUCUGGGCAUCUUUUUGCUUUGCGCUGCUGCUCAGUCGAGAUCUGCGUUUGCGGCCAAGUAUUCACUGCUCAGGCUGUACCUCACCUGGCAAUCGAGCAUGAGCUGCCAACGUACACUUCUUGUGAUGUUUCAUCAAUCUUACUGUACGAGAGACGCCAGCUCAUGCCUCCGCUCCUCGGUGCUUGCAGGUCAUGUGCUAGCGGAUCGUAGAGGCUCGCCCAAGUCCUUGGCGCACACGUAUCACCUCUUGCUUUCGCCUCGUCGAACGGAGCUGUCACUACAUCUUCUCAGCGAACUAUCUCCUUCAUCGAGCGCGGAAAAUGUCGACGAUGCAUCCUCAUCUUCAUCCCUCUUGGCCGACUUGCAUCUCUACGACCUUCCUCUCGAAUUUGUGCCGUUGGAGGAAGACCUACUGAGCUUGGAAGAUCCCAGAGCGUGGAGCAGAUGCAGUAAAGAUGGAGACUUGGGCACUUUGCACGAGACUGCUUUGGCUUGCAUGACCCUGCAACACCUUUGGGGGACGUUUCCGCGCAUCGUUGGAAAGGGUGACGCUGCACAGGUGAGCUGAGCGAUGAUGCUGCUCAUAAACAUCCCAAACGCUCUCAUCAGCGAGUCGAAGCGGCGAAACUGACGCGGUACAUUCUUCUGAAAGCGCUUUGCUACGCUCUUGACUCGCCAAAGAAAAGAAGCGCUAGCUGCAGAUCCGAAGAAUGCUGCCCUCACUACUUCAAGUCAGUUGGUGGACUGCCUCGUCGUGCUGGAUAGGAGCGUAGAUCUCGUCACUCCGCUGUGCACCCAGCUCACCUACGAAGGUCUUCUGGACGAAGUGCUCGGCAUCAACAGUGGUGAGUUGGCUCAUGACGAAGAUCUCAAAUCUUUCAAUCGUCAUAGUGUCAGCACGACACGUUCCUUUCAGUCUGAUUGCUGUGCAUCCGUCCACCACAGCACACAUCGAGGUCGACUCUUCUCUGCUCUCUGCGAAUGGACCUGCAAGCCCGAGCGCGAGCGGUGCAGCAUCCGGUAGUGGCACGCCCUUGCGAGUGACAAUGACCUCUCCGACCAAGAAGAAGAAGCACCGGCUAGACAACGCCUCGGACUCGCUCUUUUCCUCUAUUCGAGACUGCAACUUUGCAGUGGUGGGAGAGGUACUUCAUCGAGCGGCGCAGAGACUGUCGGCAGACUACGAGGGCAGACACGCUGCGCAGACUGUGGCACAGAUGAGAGCUUUUGUGGGCAAACUGGGAGGUUUGCAAGCUAGUCAUUUGGGGCUGCGAGUACAUACCAGCUUGACGGAGCGCAUCAUGGGCAUCACUGGCUCUGAGCAUUUCAACGCUUCGUUGGAGAUACAACAAAACAUCGUCGCUGGUGUGGAUUUACCCGCUCAGCUCUCGGCGAUCGAGGCGCUCAUUGCCAGCGAGGCUCCUCUACUGAUGAUCUUGCGUCUGCUGUGCCUCCUCUCUGUUGUCGGUGGCGGUAUCAAGCAGAAGAACCUAGACGCGCUCAUCCGCGACGUCCUACAAACGUAUGGAUACACACAUUUGCCGCUGCUGCUAGCUCUGCAAAAAGUGGGGCUUCUAGUCCCUGCGCCUGCUGUUCCUCGUCGAGGGGCCCCAGUCAAAGGCAUAGCCGCCGUUCGCGGUCAGCUCAGACUCAUCAACGACGAAGUGGACGAGCGGGACCCGAAGGAUAUCGCGUACGUAUACUCUGGCUAUGCUCCGCUGAGCUGUCGACUUGUGCAAGCAGUCGCGCAGAAGGAAGCGAUACUGGCCCCUGAGAGUGCUAGCGAGAGGUCUGUCGCUCAAGCUUCGGAGCCUUUGGCGCCCCGAGACGUGGACAAUGAGCUGGCUGGUGCCGCUCGCGCGUCAGUGAGGCCCAACAACGCUCGACGAGUACCUGAUGCGCACCCAAUCGUUGGCUGGCAAGGAUUCGAAGAUGCGGUAUCGGCGUUGCCAGGCGCGACGGUGGAUGAGGUGCAAUUGCGAAGCACGUCGAAUGCGAGUACCAUCAGCGCCAGUGGCUCGACGCAACACGGCUCUGUGUCGACGACGACGACGACGACGACGAUUGUGCUCUUUUUGGGAGGAGUGACGUACACGGAAGUUGCUGCGUUGAGAUACAUGUCGAGUCAGACGAAGAACAGGAGAUUCUUGAUCGCUACGACGGGCAUCAUCAAUGGGGAUAGCCUCAUCAGAUCUUUGAGCAACUGUUCGACGGACAGCUUGGGCGCUAGUCAUGCUCUCGGACAUUUGCACCCGACUAGUCAGGCUCAGCAUAGAGAUACUUCGACCUUGAGCUCUGCCACUUGA